CAUCUCCAGCUCAGAGGGCAGCAGUCCCCCACCGGAGUGGCCUCGCGAAUGGUUUGGAUUGGAAUGGAGUUUUCCCUGCAUUCAACGAAGACACAUUAUUUUUACAGGGCUGACAAUGUGGAAAGAUGAAGGUGGUACAUAAUCAAAUAUAAAGAAUCCACUUGCACUAUGGCAAAUAGAAGAACCUCAGGCACCAAGAAUUUCCUGAAAGCCUUUGCCUUGACUAUAACCAUUUGGAGUAAUACCCAGCCUUUUGUGGAAAAUGCAUUGACUACAAAUUUUUCACACAGAUUUCAGGCUACUGUCCCCCAAAAGCUGCCAGCUCUAACAACUGUGCUGGAUUUGUCACAUAAUCAUAUCCCUGAAAUUCUGAUUUCUGAUUUCAGUUCUCUUCCUAAACUGCAGGUACUAAUUCUAUCUCACAAUUUUAUCAGAGCCCUUGAUCUUGGUAUUUUCCGAUACAAUGAAGAAUUAGAACAUCUAGAUCUGUCCCACAACAUCCUGUACAUACUUUCUUGUCAUUCUGUUAUGCAACUCAAACAUCUAGAUCUCUCUUACAACCACUUUCUAUCUGUACCCAUGUGCCCUGAGUUUGGCAAAAUGAAGAACCUUGAAUAUCUUGGCUUCAGUGUUAGAAAAAUACAGCAGUCAGAUUUCAGCUAUAUUGCUCAUUUACAGCUCAAAACUCUGUUCUUAGGCCUAGAAGACCUUGUUAAAUAUAACUCUGGAAAUCUUCCAAUGUUCAACACAAAGAGUCUUCAGAUUAUACUCCCCUUAAACAGUGAUUUCCAUGUGCUUUCGGAUUUAGCAAUCAAUGCAACAAUAAAUUUAGAGUUGUCAAAUAUCCAAGACAAACAGAUCAAUGACUUAAGAACUUUCUUGUUGCACCUUAACAAAAAUGCAGAAUUACUACACCUAACUUUAAGCAACAUACAGUGUGACUGGAAUGGCCUAAUUAACAUACUUCAAGCUGUGUGGAAAUCAACCAUUCAAUAUGUUGUUAUCUCUAAUGCAGCACAGUUGGAAGUUCCAAACAAAAUACCUUUUGAUUAUACUGAAACUUCACUCAAAGCUUUGACUCUUAAGCAGACUACAUUCACGACAUUUUUCUCUGAACCAACAAAUUUGUAUAGACUGUUUGUAGAUAUGAACAUUACUGCUUUGACCAUUGCAGAUGCAGGUUUGAUACACAUGCUUUGUCCAUCUCAAUACAGUAGUUUUAACUACUUAAGUUUUUCAAAUAAUAGCUUAACAGACGCUGUUUUCAAAAGUUGCGACAAUUUAACCCUUCUUGAAAAUCUUAUUCUACAAAAAAAUCAGUUUAAACAUCUUGCCAAAGUAAGUUUAAUGACCAGUUAUAUGAAGUCCCUGAAAUAUUUGGAUAUGAGCAAGAAUUUAUUACAGUACAAUGGCAAUGGUGAUGAUUGCAACUGGGGUAGAAAUCUAGUUGAAUUGAACUUGUCAUCUAAUAUGUUAUCUGGAUCUGUUUUUAAAUGCUUGCCUGUCAAUAUUCAAAAGCUUGAUCUUCAAAGCAACAACAUUUUAAGUAUUCCUAAAGAUAUAAUUGAACUGAGGGCUUUAGAAGAAAUGAAUUUAGCAUUUAACAAACUAUCUGAUUUGCCUGGAUGUGGUCAGUUUAGAAGUCUGACAAUACUGAACUUGGAAAUGAACUCAGUUGUCACACCAUCUUCUGAGUUCUACCACUCCUGUCAAGGCAUUAGGGAACUAAAUGCAGGACACAAUCCCUUCAAAUGCUCCUGUGAACUAAGACAGUUCAUUAUUCUUGAGGAACAAGGACUUGUGAAGCUGGUUGGCUGGCCUGAGUUGUACAUGUGCUCGUACCCUGAGAAUGUAAGGGGAAGUGCACUGAAGAACUUCCAUGUAUCUGACAUAACGUGCAACACAACACUUUUGGUUACUAUCAUUCUUAUUACUACCAUUGCCACAGCAGCAGUUGCAUCUUUUCUGUGUGUUCAUUUUAAUGUUCCAUGGUAUUUGGAAAUGAUAUGGCAGUGGACUCAAGUAAAACACAGGAAGUGGAAGAACCAGCCGGAAGAUCAGCUGAAUAUUUUACAGUUCCAUGCAUUUAUCUCCUAUAGUGAACAUGAUUCUGACUGGGUGAAAAAUGUCCUGAUUCCAAAUUUGGAGAAGGAAGAUGGGUCCAUACGCAUCUGCCAACACAAGAGAAACUUUGUUGCAGGAAAGAGCAUUGUUGAGAAUAUCAUAGACUGCAUAGAGAAGAGUUACAAGACCAUUUUCGUGUUGUCUCCCAACUUUGUGCAGAGUGAAUGGUGUCAUUAUGAGCUCUAUUUUGCCCAUCACAAGGUGUUCAGUGAAGAUCACGACAGUUUAAUCCUUGUUUUGUUAGAAUCGAUCCCUGCAUACAUUGUUCCUGCCAGAUACCACAAACUGAAGGCUCUCAUGGCCAAGAGGACCUACUUGGAGUGGCCAAAGGAGAGAAGUAAACAUGGGCUUUUCUGGGCUAACCUCAGGGCAGCCAUUCAAAUUAAGAUUCCAUAUCAAGAGAAAUGAAUGACUUGUAGCGAAGCCAAUUAUUAUUGUUUGAUCUAUGUUAUGAAAUAAAGGUAUGUUAAGUUCUU